CAAUCGACUAGCAGUAGUAGCAGUGUAAAGUGAUCAUCAUCAUCAUCAUCAUGAUUAUUGAUUGAUCGAAUUAAUAUUAUUUAUAGAAGUUGUGUCUUGAUGUCAUACGUAUGUGAUGAUGAUGAUGAUAAUGAUGAUAAACAAAACAAACACACAAUCAUCAUCAUCAUCAAUAAAAUUGAUGAAAGAUAAAAGCAAAUCUUGCUGAAAUAUCAAUUUACAAAUUAAGGAAAUCCAACAUUCGAUCUCAUUCAUUUAUUAAAUCAUCAAUAACGAUGAUGAUGAUGAUGACGAUGAUGAUGGUUGAUUUUAGAAUGCCGUUUUUUUUCUCUUUAGCAUAUACAGUUACGUUCAUCGAUAUCGUUACAUUACACAAAAUCGGGCAUUAAAAACACAUGAUAUGAUAUGAGACAAAAAUUUCAAUGUUGUUGUUUGGUUAAGAGUUACCGGAAAAAAAAUCAAUUAAUAAACUGCCAUUAAAUUAUUGAUUGUGUGUGUUUGUGUUUAUUUUGAAGCAAAAAAAGAAAAACAAUGUCAUCAUUUCCACGUAAAGAAAAUCGUCUUAAAUGUUAUGCUUCACGUGAUCAAUAUUGGCAUUGUUUGGAUCAACAUUCGAAUGUAAAGAAUGAAAAUAAUGAUGAUCAAAAUCAGAAUAAUAAUAUUCCAGAUGAAUGUAAAAAAUUGAAAUCAUUAUUCGAAACUGAUUGUCCACAACAAUGGGUACAACAUUUUAAUCGUAAAUAUAGAUAUUUAAAAUUUAAAGACAAAAUUGAAAAAGGAUUUGAACCAAUCGACAAUGAUGAUGAGAAAAAAUGAUGAAAAAAAAACAUCCAAGGCAUCGUCGAACGAAAUCACAAUGAUUAAUAUAUAGAUCAAUAUGUUUGUUUAUAUGU